AUGUAAAAUUUUAAUCCUGCACCAGUAUUUUCAGCAUGUUUCGAAGGACGAUAUUAUUGGGCUUUUCCUGUUUAUCGCUUGAAAUUGCAAAGGGAAACAUAACAUCAAGUGAUUAAUGAAAUGAAGCUCGAACAGACUGAGCAAAUGCAAGAGAAAAAAAAUUUCAUAGAAUAGAAUCAAGAUCCAAAUCCUACGACUAUUCAUAAAUCCUAUAUGUACCCAGGGCAAUCUAAAAAUUUCUACAAGACUCUAGGAUAAAAAGUGUGUUCGUUUAUACAAAACAACUUUGAUGUAAAAAAAAUUAAAAAAGACCUUCAUAUUUCGAAAUUCAUAAAUGUGAAACGCCAAAAUUACAAUAAGUCUCAUUUUAGAGAACUAAUCAAAUCCAAAAUCGGAAAACAAGUCAUCAAAAUCUAUUUUGGAAAUUUUAUAUGGUGUUCAAGCAUUUUGGAAAAAUCAAGAUCUGAUAUAGCAUUUUAUCUAAGUCUGAAUAAAAAAAUCUUUGAAAGAAAACAUAAGGCAAAGUGA